UUACCGUACCGAGCUUUACAGAACGCAAUUGCGAUCGGACUUUGAAGCACGUACCUCUGCGUUCGGAUACCCGGACAUACUUCUAUGUCCACAGACCCACGGAGCUCAUCAGUUGGCCGUGGACCGUGCCGCCAGACGCAACGCCUCGAAGUUCCAGGACAUCAUGGAUAAUCCCGGAUAUGUGAUUGACUGCGAGCGCGAGUUCGCAACCGUGGAGGGUGGUCGCGAGGAGAACCUGUCGGAGAAGCCCCGCCCCCACACAUUCGAGGAGGCCAUCACGCUGACGGGAGUGGGCCGCUUCCACUACAAGUUGCUGCUCAUCUGCGGACUGUGCUUCAUGGGCGUGAUGGUGGAGAUUAUGGGCGUUAGUCUAAUCAUGAACCAGAUGAAAUGCGACCUUCAACCGACGCUGGACCAGCAGGGCAUCCUGGCGUCCGCCGGUUUCCUGGGCGUCGUACUCAGCUCACAUGCCAUGGGCUUUCUGGCGGACACUUGGGGUCGGGCAACCACAUUGCGAUACGCCCUGUGCCUCAGCUGCGUGUGCUCCCUCGUUUCCGCUUUCUCGGUGAACAUCUGGAUGCUGAUCGUGUUCCGCUUCCUGACGGGCUUCUUCAUUUCCGGCGGACAGGCGUGCGUGUUCAGUUUGUGCGGUGAGUUCCAUGGCUCGGGAUCGAGGAUCAGGCAUGUGACCCUGCUGUCCGGAUUCCUUUGCACGGCCAUGAUCUUUGCGCCAGCCAUGGCAAUUGGCAUUUUGCCACUGCGUAUCGAGACCAUUGUCCUGGGUAUGCGCUUCUCGUCCUGGCGCGUUCUGCUGCUCGCCAAUGUGUCCGUUUCUCUGCUAGCUCUGGUGGGGAUCACCGCACUACCCGAAACGCCCAAAUAUUUGUUGGUCCAGGGACGUGGCGAUGAGUCGCUGGAAAUCUUGCGCUUCAUUUUUGCCAAGAACUCUGGCCGAGAUCCCUCGGAGUAUCCGGUUAAGGAAGUGGCUCUGGAAAGCGGUGGCGUCAGCUUGUCCGAUGUCCAUGGUUUCCUGGACGCAGUACGUCUCGUUUGGCACCAGACAGUUCCGCUAUUCCAUCGCACGCGACUGUGGCACACCCUGAACAUCUGCUGCAUCCAGUUCCUCAUCUAUUUCCUGGCCCAGGGCAUCUUCAUGUGGUUCCCCACCAUCCUGGAUGAGCUGGGCACACGUAAUGGCAAUGAUACGCUGCUCUGCAAUGUUCUGCAGGGUUUUAAUAUGAAUUCUGGGUCAGGGGAUGAGGCGUCGAGCUGCUCAGUGGAAGUGGACACCUCCACAUACCAGGUGAUGAUCAUCAUCGGCGCCUGCUUUGUGCUGAUCUACCUGAUUUUUGCCUUCAUCAUUGACCUUAUGGGCAAAAAGAAUCUGCUGAUGGCCUGGAUGGUCCUGACCAUGAUCUGUUUGGUGGCACUGCACUAUGUGGAGCAGUUCGCCCUGGUGGUGAUCGCCCUGACCGUUGUGAUGGCCAUUGGCAAUUGCGGCGGCCUGGUUAGCACCAUAGCCAUGGAAUUCUAUCCGACGCACAUCAAUGCCAUGGGCAUGUGCUUCAUCAUGAUGGUGGGUCGUUUGGGCGCAGUGGUGGGCAGCAAUAUCCUGGGUCGCCUGCUCUUCGCCAGCUGCGAUCCGAUGUUCUGGGCCCUAUUGGUCUUGGUGGUGCUGCUCUGCACCUUGGGCUACUUCCUGCCGGAGAAGACACGCAGCCGGCAGGAGAAGCCCUCUGCCACAGCAAAGGCCAUUGUGGCUGCCACUACUAGUCCCAUUUUCGCAAUUAACUCCAAGUAGGAUUAGGCACCGUUAAGUAGAGAGGCUUCAUACAGAACAUCCAUUCAACAACCCAUCCAUCAUCCAUCGUUCUAUAUAUUUUCGUUUUCUUAAAUACUGUAUAUAUUAAAAACAAAGUAAUUUUUUAUUUCAAUAUUAUUAAAUAUGCAUUUAUACAUUAUUAUAGUCUGAAGUAGAGUAUUCGUAAGCUUAAUAAAUUUUAGGACUUCUGUAAGUUCCACGCUGAAAUUUAAAUAUU